AUGCAGCACGACGUGCCAGUCAGCGCCAUUGGCGCAACCGGCUUCCGUCCCCGCCAGUCCUCCUACCUUCGGAUCAGUGCGACUGCCGUCCUACAGAUGAUCCUGUACCUCGAGCCUGCGCAUGUCGACUGGAUGAACGUGUGUUGCGCCCCCUUUCAUCUCGCUGGCGAGCCACUGACCGAUCUGGCGAGGCGGACGCAGAACUCGGUCCUCGAACGGAUGCUCUUCGCUCUCAAGGACCGGAUACCGCUCAAGUUGCAGCAGGAGGGACAGGGAAAGAGUAAAGGGAAGGAGAAGACACACGUUGAUGUCUUUCGAGGAGCGGACUACCAGAUGGCGUUCUUCUUUCGACGAUCUGGAGACAAGCACGUUGUCUUGCUGAAGGACAAGCACGUUACCUACACGACCCGUUCUCCCACUUCCACCGCCGCUACUCCCGCUCCGCGCGACUCGUCCGUCACCCCUGCGCCCGCCGCACGCUCAAAGCGCGCUCGUACAGCCUCGCUGGACAUCCGCGACUCUCCUCCCCUUCCCGCCGGAGACGAGCCAGCUUCGAAGCGACGAGCGCUGUUCAGGGAUGGAGAAGGCGAGGGUGCAGCAGACGAUGACGUGAUUAUCGUCAAGGAUGAGCCGGUGGAUGAGGGAGAGGGGUUGCCGCCUGAUUGGGCUGAGGGCGCGACAGGAGAGGCGGAGGUUAAGCCUGACAUUGAUCAGGAUGUCAAACCGACGCUCAAGGUUCACUAUCGAGGCUUCAACAUCUUUGGUCGCACACUCGUCGUCAUCGUCGAGCCGUACCCGCCCCUCGACCCAAAAGACCUCGCCCGCCCCCGCCUGCUCAAUACCGAAAUUCGCCAACUCUCCGCCUCUGUCGCACCCGAAUCCUACCGUCAGUCUCUCUCCGCCCGGCCACUCGCCCGCUCACGAGGCUCAAUCUCGGUCACGCCCGCACCUCGGGGAGGAGGGUUGUUCAGGAGCGAGUCGGAGAGCGUGAGAGGGUCGGUCGCGCCCUCCGACAUGGGUGAGGGCGAGGGCGAGGAAGACGAGCAGAUGAGGCAUUUGAGGGAGGUGUCGACUGUCCUUGCGAACGAGUGGGACGAGAUGGAAGACGAGGAGGGACUGCCGUCGCUUGACGAGGUCAUUGCCCGAUCGACGGGGAAGGGGAAUGCGAAGGGUGCGGCGCUUGAGGUUGAUGGAGACGAGCCGGACGGAUCUCUGUGA